AUGACCACCGUUGAGAGCCUUAGACGCAACCAGACCGCCUUUGAUUAUGUUAUCGUGGGAGGUGGUACAGCUGGAUGCGUUGUCGCGAGCCGGUUAGCUUCAGCGCUCCCAACGGCCAGCAUCCUACUUAUUGAGGGAGGUGAGAGCGACGUCGGCAAAGACAAUCUCCACGACCUCAAGCUCCAGGUUAAUUCUUGGGGAGGAGAUCACGACUACUGCUGGAGCUCAGUUCCCCAGCCCAAGGGCAAUAGCUUCAUCCAGCACUCGCGCGGCAAAAUCCUCGGAGGCUGCUCCAACAUCAACGGCUGCAUCUCAUUCCGACCUCUCGAGUAUGAUAUCCGCAAGUGGCAGGAAGCUGGUGCUGACGGCUGGACCUUUGACGAGAUGGUGAGACUCGUGGACAAGCUGCGAGUCACGGUCAAUGAGAUCCAGCCCCAGUACCACAACCCAGUCGACCUGGCUCUUGUCGAGGCAGCCCAAAAGGCGUUUGGCAUCCCCAGGACAGAUUCGUUCAAUAAAGACGUCGUGCGCACGGGCAAGAUAGCGCCAUCAGCGGGCCACUUGGCUAUUGCCCAUAACCCGGAGAAUGGCUAUCGCAGCAGUGCCAGCAUCGCCUACAUACACCCACUUCUGAGCGGGGAGGAGAAAAGGCCCAAUCUGACCAUUCUCACGAGCGCUUGGGUUCAUCGUGUCAACUUCAUCGACAGCGUCGCCUCUGGAGUUAACCUGACUCUCAAGUCGGGGCUCCCGAUAACUGUUAGGUCGGACGUUGAAACAAUCCUCUGCGCGGGAGCCUUCGAUUCCCCGCGACUAUUGCUGCUUUCCGGCAUUGGGCCACGCGAUCAGCUCGAGAGCUUCGACAUCCCCCUUAUCGCGGAUGUUCCGGGGGUAGGCGAGAAUCUGAUGGACCAUACAGAGACGGUCAUGAUGUGGGAGAUGAAGGCCGCAGUUCCACCACAGUCCGUCAUUUACUCGGACGUAUGCUUCUUCCUACGCAGGGAGGCACAGAACUCGCGGGGAGACGACGGAGACAUCAUGGACUCCAUGUUCCACGUCUUUGGCAUUGGAUUCGAUGACAACAUGGCUCGACAUGGCUAUCAUGCCCCAGAGAACGCUUAUUGUCUAAUCCCGAACCUCCCAAGGCCUCGUUCCCGGGGCCGCAUCUCCCUCCAGUCUUCAGACCCCAAGAUACGCCCGGCCAUUGACUUUCGAUACCUGACCGAUCCCGAAGACUACGACCUCAAGACAAUCCUCUUUGAGCUCCGUGCAGGCCGCAAGCUGGCGGCCAUGGCUCCCUUCCGAGAACUCAUCAAAAGGGAGGUUGCGCCUGGUCCAGAUGUCCAGACAGAGGAGCAGCUCAUCGACUACGCUCGCAAAACCCACGGCACCGUCUUUCACCCAUGCGGAACGGCCAAGAUGGGAAACAUUGCCCAGGACAGCAUGGCCGUUGUCGAUCCUCAACUUCGUGUCCGUGGCGUCAAAAAGCUGCGAGUCAUAGAUGCCAGUGUAUUCCCGCUCAUUCCAUCCGUCAACCCGAUGUUGACCGUCUACGCCGUUGCCGAGAAGGGUGCAGAGAUGAUCAUCAAGGAUUACGCUUCGGUCCGUCUCCGGGCCAGGAUUUGA